AGGGUUUCGCCUGCCGGCUUCGCUCUUUCGCCGGUGGGGGAGGGGCGCCGCCUGUCCGCCUUCCCGCCAUUUUUCCUGUGAGGCGAUGGCGCCUCUGCUGGGCCGAAAGCCCUUCCCGUUGGCCAAGCCGCUGCCGCCUCCGGGGGGAGAGAAGGCCGAGGAGGGGACGACGGCCGAGGAGGAGAAGCAGCCGCCGGAGCCGCGCUUCGUCAUCCCCCACACGCAGGAGGCCUUCCGCACCAGCGAAGAGUAUGAAGCACGACUGGAGAAGUACAGCCAACGAAUAUGGACCUGCAAAAGCACAGGAAGCAGUCAGCUGACACACAAAGAAGCCUGGGAAGAGGAGCAGGAAGUCGCAGAGCUCUUGAAGGAGGAAUUCCCAGUUUGGUACGAGAAACUUGUCUUGGAAAUGGUCCACCAUAACACAAUCUCUUUAGAAAAGUUGGUAGACACUUCCUGGCUGGAGAUCAUGACCAAGUUUGCUGUAGGAGAAGAAUGUGACUUUGAGGUUGGGAAGGAGAAGGUUCUGCAGGUGAAGGUUGUGAAAAUACAUCCUCUGGAGAAAGUGUCAGAAGAGGAAGCUGCUGAGAAGAAAGCUGAUGGAGCUUGUGAUUCACCUUCCAGCGACAAAGAGAAUUCCAGCCAGGUAGUCCCGGACAGCCAAAAGGAGCUGGCCUUGAAGGAAGAUGAGAACAGGAGAGACAGUCUGAAUGACCGGGCACGUAGGUCUCCACGGAAGCUGCCUACAUCUCUGAAGAAAGAUGAGAAGAAAUGGGUUCCUCCGAAGUUCUUGCCUCACAAAUACGACGUCAAGCUGCAAAGUGAAGACAAGAUAAUCAGUAAUGUGCCAGUGGACAGCUUAAUUCGUACUGAGCGGCCACCAAACAAGGAGAUUCUGCGUUAUUUCAUCCGCCACAAUGCACUUCGGGCUGGGACAGGCGAGAACGCUCCCUGGGUGGUUGAGGAUGAGUUGGUGAAGAAAUACUCCCUUCCUAGCAAGUUUAGUGAUUUCUUGCUUGACCCACAUAAGUACCUAACUCUCAAUCCAUCGACCAAGAGGAAGAGUGGUGCAUCAGGCGAUCAAAAGACUUCGAAAAAACCCAAAUCAGAUAGUUCUUCUCUGGGCCAGGGACUGAACCCUUCGCUGUGGUGCAGUGUGCACUUGAAGAAGACUAACUUGGGCUCCCCGCUGAAAGUCAAGAACUCCAAAAACCCCAAAUCCCCCACAGAGGAGUUAGAGGAGGUGAUGCAAAUGAUGUCAUCUGGUAACUUCAACAGGAAGCGGCUGGGGAAGUCCUUGGACCCAAAACAGAAAAACAAAAAGCUGCUGAAUGGGCAGAAGUCUUCAGGGAAGUCCAGAUCCCCCAAGAAGGAUCCAAAGAUGAAGAUGAAGCAGAUGACCUUGCUGGACAUGACAAAAGGUACCCCUAAAGUAUCAAGAGCACCAAGGAGUUCAGGGGGAACUCCCAGGUCCUCCAGUAAACCCCCGAAGCACCUCCCACCUGCCGCACUCCACCUCAUUGCCUACUACAAGGAGAACAAAGACCGCGAGGACAAGAAGAGCGCUCUUUCCUGCAUCAUCUCCAAGACUGCUCGACUGCUCUCCAGUGAAGAUCGUGCCCGACUUCCUGAGGAGCUGCGGGGUAUCGUGCAAAAGCGCUAUGAAUUGCUAGAGCACAGGAAAAAGUGGGCUUCCAUGACCGAGGAACAACGAAAGGAGUACAUGAAGAAGAAGCGGGAGAAGCUGAAGGAAAAACUGAAGGAGCGGGCUAAAGAGCGGCGGGAGAAGGAGAUGAUGGAGAAACUGGAGAAGCAGAAGCGUUACGAGGACCAGGACAUCAAAGGGAAGAUCCUGCCCACCUUUAAACUGGUGGAUACUCCGGAAGGUCUCCCCAAUACUCUCUUUGGGGAUGUGGCCAUGGUUGUAGAAUUCCUUAGCUGCUAUUCAGGGCUCCUGCUACCAGAUGCUCAGUAUCCCAUUACUGCUGUCUCUCUCAUGGAAGCUCUUUGUGCAGAGAAGGGGGGGUUUCUGUACUUGAACAGAAUUCUGGUCAUUCUGUUGCAGACCCUCCUGCAAGAUGAGAUUGCAGAAGAUUAUCGUGAGUUGGGGAUGAAGCUAUCGGAGAUUCCCUUGACUUUGCAUUCAGUUUCUGAGCUAGUCCGUCUUUGUCUACGUAAGUCCGACGUACAGGAGGAAAGUGUGGCUUCAGAGCUUGCAGAGGAGAACAAAGACCUGGCAGCCUUUGAGGACAACGAAGUCCAAGAUGAAUUCUUGGAAAAACUGGAGACCUCAGAAUUUUUUGACCUGUCCUCUGAGGAGAAGCUGCAGAUACUGGCUGCUCUUUGUCAUCGGAUUCUGAUGACCUACUCCGUGCAGGAUCACGUGGAAGCAAAACAGCAGAUGUCGGCUGAGCUAUGGAAAGAGCGGUUGGCAAUGCUGAAAGAGGAGAAUGACAAGAAGAGGGCGGAAAAGCAGAAACGGAAGGAGAUGGUGGCCAAGAACAAGGAGAACGGCAAGGAGGAGAAUGGCCUGGGCAAGGGGGAGAAGAAGAAAGUGGAGAUGGAGAAAGCAGUCAAGGUGGAGCAACGGGUAGAGAUGGAAGCUGAAGACAUGAUCAGUGCUGUCAAGAGCAGGAGGCUGCUGGCCAUCCAGGCCAAGAAAGAGAAGGAGCAGCAGGAGAUUCAGAUGAGAGUAAAACUUGAAAAAGAAGCAGAAGAAGAGAGAAUCCGCAAGCAUAAAGCUGCAGCUGAGAAGGCUUUUCAAGAUGGCAUUGCUAAAGCCAAGCUGGUCAUGCGCAGGACACCAAUAGGCACAGACCGUAAUCACAACAGGUAUUGGCUCUUCUCUGACGAGGUUCCCGGUUUAUUCAUAGAGAAAGGUUGGGUACAUGAUGGUAUAGACUACAGUUUCACACCUCCAUCUGUGGAGGAGGAAGAAGAGGAGGAGGAGGAGGAAGAGGAAGAAGAUGAUGAUUACCAACAAGAUAUUCAGGAGGCCAUGGUGGAAGGCAGUGUAUUAAAUGUUCCACAGGGGGCCUUGCAUGUCCCAGAGGUUCCCAUUGAGACCACCAUCCCGAAACAAGGACAAAAUCUAUGGUUUCUCUGUGACACCCAGAAAGAACUGGAUGAACUCCUUGAUUGCUUGCAUUCACAGGGUAUCAGAGAGAGCCAGUUGAAAGAUCGGCUGCAGAAAAGAUAUCAAGACAUCACGCAUUCCAUGCACUUGGCUCGGAAGCAGAACCUUGGUUUGAAGUCCUGUGAUGGCAACCAGGAGUUGCUGAAUUACCUGCGCAGUGACCUCAUUGAGGUUGCUACACGGCUGCAGAAAGGAGGCCUGGGAUACAUCAGUGAGGCAGAGUUCGAAGCCAGGGUUUGCACACUGGACAGUCUGAAGGAUUUUGGGGAGUGCGUAAUUGCUCUCCAGGCCAGUGUCAUCAAGAAGUUCUUGCAAGGCUUCAUGGCACCCAAACAGAAGAGGAGGAAGCAUCAAGGAGAGGACUCUGUUGCCAAGGCCGAGGAGGUUGAUGAGGAGAAGAGAGUGGCAGAAGAAGCCAAGGUCGCUUCAGCGGUGGAGAAGUGGAAGAUUGCAAUCCGUGAGGCACAGACCUUCUCGCGGAUGCAUGUGCUACUUGGCAUGCUGGAUGCCUGCAUCAAGUGGGACAUGUCGGCAGAGAAUGCCCGAUGCAAAGUGUGUCGGAAGAAGGGUGAGGAUGACAAACUCAUUUUGUGUGAUGAGUGCAACAAAGCUUUCCAUCUUUUCUGCUUGAGGCCAGCCCUCUAUGAAAUCCCGGAUGGCGAAUGGCAGUGCCCAGCUUGCCAGCCUUCUGUUGCCAGGCGCAGUUCCCGGGGCAGAAACUAUGCAGAAGACUCCGUUGAAGAGGAGAGCGAAGCUGGUGAAGAAGAAUCUGAGGAAGAGGUUGAUGACGAAGGGGAGGAGGAGGAAGAAGAAGACUAUGAAGUUGCUGGACUGAAAUUAAGACCCCGGAAAGCAGCCAGGGGGAAGCAAGGUGGCACAGCGGCAGACUCUCUAAGGCGGGGCAGACAUCAAGGGAAGAAACGGCCAUCCCAUGCCACCCGAGGGUCCCGGCAGCGGGCCACCCCUGUCAACGAAGUAGACAUUGAUGAACUGGUGCUUCAGACAAAAAAGAUGUCACGCCGGCAGACCCUGGAAAUGCAGAAGUGUGAGGAAAUCCUCAACAAACUGGUCAAGUAUCGCUUCAGCUGGCCUUUCAGGGAGCCGGUGACCACAGAAGAAGCGGAAGAUUAUUUUGAUAUCAUCAGCAACCCCAUGGACUUCCAGACGAUGCAAAGCAAGUGCUCAUGUGGCAGCUACCGGUCUGUGCAAGAUUUUCUCUCUGAUAUCAAGCAAGUCUUUGCCAAUGCCGAGCAAUACAACCAGAAUGGCAGCCACAUUCUCUCCUGCCUAGAGAAGACAGAACAGUGCUUAAUAGACAUGUUGCACAAACAUCUGCCUGGCCACACAUACUCACGCCGGAAACGCAAGCGACCCUCAGCCCAGCCGAGCCAGGGACUAGAGGAAGCUGAAGGGGACAGCGAGCCAGAGGCAAUGGAAUACUCCAGGGGACGGAAGAGGAAGAAAUGAGGGGCCAAGUGACAGGACGCAGUUGGAGCAGGCCUCGAGAGGCUGCAGCUAGAUCAGCUGCUCAAAGGGAGCAGGCAGGUGGGAGCGGUCCAGCCUCACCCUGUGCCCCCCUUUUUUCCUUCCCUCUUGGCUCACUCUAGCUUCUGACCUUUUCUGCAGCUUCCUGAAGCCUUCAAGAGAAAGGGGUGGCUUCGUUCUUCCUCAACCAUGCACGCAGUUGUAGCAGGUUAAGCAGGCAGUGGGCAGGCAGAGCCAGCUCUCGUCUUUGAGGAAAUGAGGAUUCCUUUACACCAGAGCUGCCUCCAUCCUUCCCCCACCUCCCCUGCUUUUUUGGGUGAGGGGCAGGAUUGGGCUGCUACAUGGUCUGACUUAAUAAUCCCCCCCCCCCUCAUUGAGGAAGCUGCCUCCUUGAACGGGCAAGCACUUACCUGUCUAGGGCAAUCACCUUUCACCAGCAUCAUGUAACAGACCAGCAUUUGCGGGUGCUUGUCUGUCUCUUGGAUAUCGGGGAGGUCGGUUCCUUCCUUCUCCCACCCCCUGUCCUCCCUUCUCACUGGCCCAGGCACACAGGGCGGAGCGUGGCACAUCCCACAAGAGUUUGGGGGAAGACAAACUGAUCCUCUGUAACUUUAUAACCCCUUUUUGUAGUUAAGGAAAGACUCUUGUUUCUGGCAGUGACCUUGUACAAAUGCCUUGUAAGAUACAGUCGUCUUGGCUUUGACAUGUACUGUACAGUUUAUAUGAGGAUGUUUGCUUUAUAUUUGCCCCUCUUUAAACCACUUUUUUUCCCUUAGAGUAGCUGGAGUUGACCCAGGGAAGCAGUCAGCUUUGUACACUUUGUAGACUUGCUCUUGUCUCCUUUUCUAGUAAUUCCUCUUCUGGCCCACCUCUUGCACCCCCCCCCCAUCUUGGUCAAGAGAGGGUUCGAAGGUUCUCGGUAAUCACCCAGUUGGAGGAAUGAUGUUUCUGGGACCAUGUGAAGUGGUCUCUUAGCAGGCUGUGCCUCCUAAAUGAGAAUUUCUUUUUCUUUUUUCCAUAUCUGUUGAAGUUUUUUUUUUUCUGUUGGGCCUUGUCCAUUUCAAUUUUUUUAAAAAAUAAUUUGAAGCUGGGAGACUGGGUGGAAAUGUGCAGGAUGGAGUUGAGGCUAGGAGAUUGGGGGGGGGGUGCAAGAUGGAGUUUUCUUUCCAUGUCAAAAGGCUCCUUCCAGUUCAACUUCCGCCGCUAGAGCGCGCACAACACUGUGCUGAUGAUUGGCCCAGUUUAGCUUUAGGUUCUUUCCUUCAGGUUUCUCUUCUGGCUUGUUCCCAUGGUGAGAACAGCCAAUUCCCAGCUUUCCUUCACAUCACCAUAGCUGGGGUCUAGCACUGACAUUCAUAAGGAAUGACAUGCCUUUUUUUCCUGUCUUCUCUCCCCCUUUGAUUUUUUCGUCAGAUGUCUUAUGCGACUCCUACACAGUGAAACUUUUGGACUACGUUUUAUAAAAGGUUGUCGUAUGGUGGGGAGGAGGGUGGGGAAUUCUUCUAAGGGCUGUACUUGUAAUAAAUUGGAAGUAUAAAA